CAUGAUGCAGGGGAGCUGAAGAAGCUGGUGGCGGCGAAGACGGGGCUCCACCCGGACGACCAGAAGGUGCUGUACAAAGACAAGGACCGGGACUCCAAGGCGUUCCUAGACAUGGCCAGCGUCAAGGACCAGUCCAAGCUUGUCAUCGUCGAGGACCCCGAGGCCAAGGUGCGGCGGCUCAUCGAGCGGCGCCACGUUGAGAAGGCCGCUAAGGCUGUCGCCGCGGUCACCGCCGAGGUUGACAAGCUCGCCCCCAUGGUAUGCAACUGCAAGUGCCCAUUCUGAUGGCCUCCUUUUGCUUUGUGGUGGAAGGGAUGCCAAUAGUGUGAUGGGAAGAUAUCAUUGUGUUGACGCCAGAUUUUGACACGUAUUUUGAAUUGGCGUCAGGAAAGGAAAAGGUUGGCCAAUGCGGUGGAUUGGGAGCCACAGUUGGGAAUCGGCCGAUUAGCGCUAUAGUGUUUCGGCCGAUUGGCGAACGGAGUUAAUGAAGGGCGGCCGAUUGGAAGGCUGGAGCAGCUGGGCCAAUAUGGGCUUAAGGUG